GACCCGGUUCUGGGCAGGGCGAUAGCUGCCGAGCCGGACGGCGGCGUGCGGGGAGAUCGCCCACGCACCGCCGGGUGCGGUCGACGACGGCUGAUGGCUCCCCCCGCCGCCGCCGCCGCCGGGCGGCUGGGGGCGGCGCGCCGCGCACUCCUGCCCGUCACCGUGGAGCCCGUGCUCUUCCUCUUCAUGGUCGGCUCGUACAUGCAGUACACGGCCCUACAGUCGCUCAUCUACGCCAAGGUAUGCCAAGAGAGGUACAGCUCGUACGUGUGCGACACCCUGGACCUGGCCGAGCACAAGCCUCAGGAGGACGAGGUCCAGGACCAGUCCUCUUACUGGAUGCUCUUGUCCAACGUGGCACUGGCAGUGCCGUCGGUGAUCAGCGGCAUCUACAUCGGUACUUGGAGUGACGUGUUCGGCCGCAAGGUGCCGCUGCUGCUGCCGCCGCUGGGCCAGAUUUUAUCGGCGCUCGUCUUCAUGGUCAUGUCGGCGUACCGGGCCGCGCCCGUGGACCUGGUCAUACUGGCCAGCGGAGUUGCAGGCGCGCUGGGCGGCUUCGCCGGCAUGAUCCUGGUCGUGAUGUCGUACCUGUCGGCGGUGACGGCGACGGGCGCGCGGACGGCGCGUGUCGGCGUCCUGGAGGCCAUGUCGCUGCUGGGGGGCUUCAUCGGCCCGUUCGUCGGCUCGCUGGUGUUCGAACAGGCCGGCCGCACCUGGACGUUCUGCGCGCUGCUGAUCAUCAACGUGGCGAUCGUGCUGUACGUGGUGCUGCUGGUGCGCGAGGUGCCGCCACCGUGCCCGCCACCCGCCGCCGAUUCGCUGUGCGAGACGCUGACCCAGCUGUUCAGUCUGCGGCACCUUCUCGACGCCAUCCUGACGAGCGUGAGGUCACGCGAAGGCCGUCGCAGGCGCUACAUCCUGAUGCUGCUGGCGUCCAGCUUUGUCAUCAUGCUCAACUCAUCAGGCGAGAACGACGUCACGUACCUCUACAUCAAGGACGCGCCGCUCCAGCUCGCCGACAGCGCGUUACAAUGCCUACUUUAG